GAGCCAAGUAAGAGGAGAGAAUAUAUCACUUGACCACCGGCGUACCAGCGUUUACCAGCAAAGCAAGCAAUCCUUCCAUCAAUGAUCACAAUGAAGUUGCUCAUCGUCUUUGCCCUGAUGGGUUACGUCUGCGCUGUGGAUGAAUACACUGCCGCCCCAGAGUUCCACACCACCGUCAUUCAGGGACCGCUGGCUGUAGCACGAGUAGCAGGAGAGGGUCAGAGGAGUGCCAGCAGCUCCUACGUUCGUGAGGGAUCCGCCGCCGGUGCCGACUACGCCCGCGAUGAAGCCCAGGCUGCCGAAACCGCCGCCAGGGCCCGUGGAUACCAGUAUGCUUACAGGAACGGAUACAGCUGGUACCAGCCGAAGAUCCUGUACGCUUACACCUACGAGCGUCCCAUCAUUGGUUACAGGAGCCAGGAUAUUGCUCUGCCUGCCAUCAAUACCAACAUACCGCAAGCUAACAUUGCUGUAGCGCCUGUUGUCUACCCCAGAAUCAAUGUAGCGACCCCCGUAGUACCAGCAUGCAGUGGCUACGGGUGCCGCCGUAAUGCUGGAUACGGACAAGCAAACUACGGAUAUUAUGCUUAGAACGCACAUCGAGUCUAACGACGGUAUAAUCAACUGAGUGUGAAACAAUUAUCUGUAAACAGAGGUAACAAUGUAAUAAUUGAACACUUAUUCAAUUUUCUAUAUAUUAUUAAAAUAAAUGAAGACCUGUGAAUAUCGCGCUUGCAUUAGAGCAAUGAACGUUCAAAUAUAUUUAUUCAAUGGUUCAACUGUUACGACUGAAAUCGUUUGUAAAUAAUAAAUAUGAUAACUACAAUAACAAUUGUGUUACGGGUGUUAUUUUGCUACCAUCACGAGACAAUUACAGCUUAUACGCAUACGUAUGCAACGCGAUACGUGGCGGCGAAACAUGGUAUAUAGUCUUUACAUAUGUUUUAGUAUCUUGCGUAGAAGAAUAUCUACCUUGUCUUGAUUCAUCUCUAUCCGCAACCAGACGUCGUUGCGCUUGUUUACAUCUAGAUGUCCAAUAAAAAACUUUUAACUUCAGAAAGAAUCCACAAUAUUUUCAGGCUUGACAGUUCGGCCAGCUCUGAAUUAUUUGACAUACAAUGACAUUCUUACACGAUAUGUAUUACUGUGUAAUAAAGUGUAAAUAAAGUGUUUGAAUUGAAUUGAA